UGAUAAUAUGGAUAAAACGAUGUUCAUAUGAUAGAGGAAGAGGACCACAAAGACAGAUGUAAAGAUGUCAGACAACGUCGAAGAAAAAAGUUGGAUAACAUGAAAAGUUUGAACAAUCUCCUAAACACCAACGGAGGGCAGCAAAUGAAUGUAAACUCGAUGAAAAUAAAAACAAAACGUAAUGCUUGGACUGAGUAUAGCGAAAUGCAUUUCCUAGAGCUGUGGGAAGAAAAACUUCCACAGUUGCGGGGAGUCAGGCGAAAUGGACAUGUUUUUAAAGAAAUGGCCAAGGAACUGAAUAAAAGAGGUUUCAAGGUAACCGGUCUAGAAGUGCAGACAAAAGUGCACAACUUCACACAACGAUUCAAAAAGGAACAACAAAGCGAUGGGGCUUCAGAACAAAAACCUGCAUGGAAGUAUUAUCAUACUGUGAAACAAAUUUUGACUAAUCCAAAUUUGAACGCCACCACAUUAAUGUGCGAUAGUAUUGCAGAACAGGGCACAUCAUCAAAUGCCACCACAUUGAUGUCGCAAACAGAAAAAACAACGCCAUCGUUACCUUCGCCCACACCAAUGGAUCCCAUUUCAGAUUCAGACAAUUCUGAUCACUUGCCUAGAAAAAAAAGGAAGUUAAAUUGUAAUGAUAACAUAUUAGACGAAAUACGAAAGGUGAAUAAUAUGGAAAAGGUGCAGAUGGAGUUACAGCAGGAAACAGACUCAGCAUUUCUGAAAAUAAUGAGAAGAAAUGCCGAUUCUUUGCAACGGAUAGCAGAAGCAAUCGAAAGAGUGGAAGCUAAUAUAAGGAUUACCGGAAAUCAUUAAUAUAAUUAAUAUUGUAUUGUAUUUGAGUGGAGAAACGAAAAUUAUUGUAAAUAUUUUAC